UUUAAAUUAUAGCACUAAGCUCAAUGAUUUGCUACCUUGACUUACCCUUGCAGCGAUAGAGAUUUAAUUGUGGGGCAGAGCUCAAGGUUUCAAACGUAUUGAUUUUCUUACUCUUUAUACUUGCAGAUCCAAAUGUUGACAGAAGUACACUUUCCAGAAUUGACUGAAAUGUUCCUCAGAUAUGCUAGUGGCGUUCAGCAGCAAGACUCCCUUUCGCAGCAAGCAGAGUCGGAUAAACAUGAAGCUCUGGGUUUCUUUAAAGGAAUUUUUCAGACUGUUUCAUCCUACAUGGCACUUUCUAAUGGAGUGGAGUUUAGUCCUGUCUACAGGAAGGACCUAUUUGCAUAUGAGAAGAAGAUCAUAAAUUUUAUAAAUGCAAGUAGGCCCUGGAAAAUGUAUUUUAUGCAGCCAGGACGGUUUGCCUCCCGUGCUAUGCCCCAGCAACACUCCCAACCUACACAAGUGUGCUCUAAUGAAAAUCAAAUAGACUCUCUGUGGGAAUUCCAAGAACUGUACGGAAAGAUCCAAAUUCUUAAGGAAAUGUACCUGACAGAAUUGAAUAAAAUGCACCGGAUAAUCGCUGAUAAAGUUUUGCAGGUAUGUCGGGUACUUGCGUUUUAGCCUGGACAAUUUUACCACCA